AUGACUUCACGAUCGAUUUCGCGAGAAAAUUCUCUUCAACAAGAAAAACCAUGGCUCUUUCCUCAAUAUCAUACAAAUGGAAUGAUUAAGAAACUCAGUGACCUCGAAAACGAGCUGCAAAAUCCGCCAGAACUUAUCUCUAGAAAUGUAUUAGAUCGCAUUCAGGGUUCAAUGAUAGGUUUGGCGUUGGGUGAUGCUGUUGGUGCUCAUGUUGAAUUUAAAACCCGAGAUUUUUUGAUCAAAUAUCCAGUAGACGAUCUCCGAGGUGGUGGCACUUGGGGACUUCGAAAAGGAGAGUUCACCGAUGAUACAUCUAUGGCUUUAUGUCUAGCGAGUUCUUUGGUGGCACAUCGAGGAUUUAAUUCUUAUGAUCAGCUCGUUCGAUACAAAUGGUGGUUUAAGAAAGGUUAUCUGUCUUCUAUAGGUGAAUGUUUCGAUAUUGGUGCGUCUACCAAACGAUCAUUGCUUGAAUUUGAAAUUCGUCAAUAUGAUUUUGCUCACAAAUACAAUAUUUCUGAUGAUCAAAUAGACUAUCUUACACCUUCUCAAUCAGAAAAAUUCAAUGUAAUCUGUAGUGAGAAAGAUGUAGCUGGUAAUGGUGCUUUAAUGCGACUCGCUCCUGUACCACUCUUUUUCUAUCGUCAUCCUAAACAUGCAAUCAAUUAUUGUAAAAUCAGUGCAAGAUUAACUCAUGAUGAUCAACGUGCUUAUGAUGCUUGUCGUUAUUAUGGCGCUCUAAUUGUAGCUAUUCUUCGAGGCGAGAACAAAAAUGAUCUGCUCGACAACAAUUUUUAUUCCAAUCAUAUAGAUUGGUUCCAGUAUGAACCACUUCAUCCAGACAUAAUGAAAGUCGUUCAAGGAUCUUAUAAAAAGGAGCAUGGAUAUGAUCAAGGUAUUCGAGGCGCAGGAUAUAUUGUCAAUGCAUUAGAAGCUGCUUUGUGGGCCUUUCGUUUUGAUGAAGGUUCGUUCGAAAAGGGUGUUCUUGCUGCUGUUAAUCUCGGUGAAGAUACUGACACAACAGCGGCAAUUUAUGGUCAAUUAGCCGGUGCUUACUAUGGUUACAAUCAAUUACCUAAGAAAUGGUUGAAACAUCUAUAUGGUCAUAAUUUUAUACAAUGUCUAAGCAAAUGGAUUGCAUAUGAAGGAGAAAGAUGGAGCCCAGAUGAACCAGAACAUUCGACGGCGACUGGUCAAGCUAGGCGACAAUCAUCAAUUAUCGUGGAAUUGUCUACUAAUCGACGUCCAUCUUCCACCAGGAGCACACCCGUUUUUCAAUCUAAUUCACAACAAACCGGUGAAACACAUAAGAAAAAUUCUAAACCGACGUCCGACCGCGUUUUCGAGAUAACGGUUGAACAAGAACAAAAUAAGCCCGCAAGAUUGACUGCAUCUAUAACGCAACCAAAUAAUGCUGGUGGAGUUCUUAAGCCACAAGCUAGUUUUCAUGAUGACGGUGAUUUUCGUUGGAAAAGCACUUCAAAAAAUGAUGUACCUUCUAUUCGUCCAAAAUCACUGCACCCCGUUGCUUCCAUGGCUACAUCUAAACCAACGGAUUCUUCCACACGCUUGGAAGACACUGACGAUGUUUGCCGUUGGAUCAUUUCUUUGGGCGACGAAUAUGCAAAUUAUGCACCUAACUUCAAGAAAAAUAACGUUGAUAGAUUUUGGCUCCUUCAUGUAGUUGAUAGAGAUGUUCUUCGUGAAUAUGGAGUCGAGAAUGCAAGACAUCAACGAACAAUUCUUGCUCAAAUUAAAGAGUUGAAUAAACAACGUACAACCGAAGCUUUAACAAAGACAAACAAGGAACUCAGUUGA